CGCCAGAUGAAUUGAUAAUAUCAGUGAUCAAGAAGAAAAACAUUUGGUCGGAUUGGGAAGCUCUAAGCGAGCCAAAGGUUACUGUCGAUCGUGUUGUACAUGUGCCUUACUCACGUGUUGCAAAGUUGAUCCCCGACGAACACUGUGUACACGUGCUGUUCGCGCGAAUAACUGAGCAUUACAAUACACCCCUACUCUCAGGUUCCCAUUCCAUGAUGUGUCAAGUGCUAUGAGGUUGGUAGAAAUGAUGAACACAAGCAUGGCGGAGACGCCGGAGUACACUUACCAUGAGAACGCCACGCCGGAAUGGCUUAAAGGUCCGUGUCCUAGGACAGACAACUUCACGAGCCCUAGCUGGAACUGGUUUCUGUGUAUAAGUGUCAUCAACACUCCGCUAGCCUCUUUCCUGGAUCGUUACGUCACGCCUAUGUGGCUGGUCAUUGGGUUUGUGGGAAAUAUUAUCACAAUGAAAAUUUGGUCACAUCGACGGAUGAAGCACAUCAAUACUUCUGCAUUGUACCUGACUGUGCUGGCAUCCACUGACCUACUACUACUGUUCCUCUACAUCCAACGUUACCUCCAUUUUACAUGGGGGCUUCCCACUAUCGACGUGCCCAUAUGGUGCCCAACUUUCUUCGUCUUUUAUAUGUUCGCACAGUACAUGAGUCCAUUACUCGUGUUUGGAUUUACAACAGAAAGAUUCGUAUCUAUAGUCAAACCAUUUAAAAGCGAACGAUUUUCUCGGCAUCAGCGUGCACCCAAAGAAAUUUUUGCUAUUGCAAUAUUUGCGUUUGGUCUGUCACUACCACAAGCUCAUGGCUGGGUGUACAAAGAUUCUGCGUGCGGCGGGUCACAGACGAAAUUCUUUGAAUAUUGGACGUGGAUCACGGACGUACUUCUAUUCUGUGUAGUACCUAUUGCCACGUUCUUUCUUAAUCUUUUUGUUCUCAGAGUUGCAGCAAAAGCAUCGGAACUGCGUAGAGAAUCUACUUUGGGUCAUUACGAAAAUGAUUCCCUUUCCGCGCGAUCGUUGUCACGACGCUCAAGAAUAAGGCCCUCUACAGUGACGCUACUGUGCAUAUCUUUUUAUAGAAUUUUUACUACACUUCCGGUGGCUAUUUUGUUUGCGUUACAGUUCAGUGUUCCGGAAGGAUCAUAUGAUAUUCCGGUGUACGAAAUGGGCAGCGAUUCCCAGUGGAGGGACUACUUCUCCUGGUACACGGCUAAAACCAUUAUCGACACCAUCGGUCUGUCGCAAUAUUCUUGCAACAUCUUCAUCUACUUGCUCACAGCAAGGCAUUUCAGACACGAAUUCGUCAACACGUUCCGAAUAACUGCAUGUUGUGGCCCAGAAAAGAAGCCUGGCAGUUUCCAUCGGCAUACGUUCCUCACAAAUGGUGGCGGCUAUGGCGGGGCGUCGACGCGGAUUACAGAAACUGAUAUGUGAGCUAUAGAAAAAGAAAUAAACAUCAGAACAGAACUCAAAAUAAAAAUCUCCUGAAUGGAUUCCUGAAUAAGUGUUUGAUCAAAUAUGUGUGUGUAUAGAUCAGGCAAGACAUAAAUACUAGGGUCUAUUUCGGCUUCUUUUUCACGACAGGAAGGGAGUGUAUUCGGAAUCGUCAAGCUUGGUAUCUUUUCCAAACUUCUAAACGAUAGUCUAGCGAGGACACAAAACAAUCCAUAUAUCUGAUGAACUUCGUAUCCACGAAAAUUUCUAACAAUAUCUAUGUUCUCCCCACAGGGGUUACAAUGUCAAUAAUAUGAUUCCUAUAUGGUGGAAAUAAAUCGGAGAGAAUGCUGUGUACUGUGAACAAAUGGUGAUAAAACUUAUUGUAUUGUGAUGUUCAUAAUAAAUAGUGAGCAAGUACAACAUUGCUCAUGAUACAAGGUUCGUUACAGAACUUGCUGCAGCGGACUCAACUGUCCAAUAUGGAAAUCCGUAGUGCAGAUGCUUAAUAAAUGUUACUAUCGUUCAAAUUUCGGUGAUUUUGGUGCAUAUCAUUGACAGAAAAAACUGCUUUUCUCAGAGAGACUGCUUAAACUCACUUACAUACAACUCUAUGGUAGCUAUUUUACACAAAUCUUCGCUACUUAGUACACUGUGUAUUCCUGGGAACUGCGCUUAUUUUAAUGGAAUAUUAUUUAUCUUAUAUCGUACAGGACGAAGUAUUUGUAUUCCGCUAACGAAGGUAAUGUCUCAAACAUUAGAAUCUAAUCCAUAUAUUUCGUAAGUGUUAGAUAUAUUUGAUUACAUGGCCGCAUGGAGAGAUGAAAAUCUAUCAAUAAAUUUGUUAUUUAUCU